AGUCAGUGGAGCAGUUCUACCGCUUGCUGCAAGAAACAUAUCAGACUGAACCUGCAGGCCCGGAUGGCAUCCUGGUGGAGGCGGAUCUGGUGCGUGCCAAGCUGGAGAGGAGCAGCAGCAAGAGCCUGGAGCGGGAACUCGCCACACCAGACUGGGCAGAGCGGCAGCUGGCCCAUGGAGGCCUGGCUGAGGUGCUGCUGCCUGCCAGGGAACGCCGGCGGCCGCGUGAGACACAAGUGAUUGCUGUGCUGGGCAAGGCUGGUCAGGGCAAGAGCUAUUGGGCUGGGGCAGUGAGCCGGGCCUGGGCUUGUGGCCGGCUUCCCCAGUACGACUUCGUCUUCUCUGUCCCCUGCCACUGCUUGAACCGUCCAGGCGAUGCCUACCGCCUGCAGGACCUGCUCUUCUCCCUGGGCCCACGGCCACUCGUGGCAGACAAUGAGGUCUUCAGCCACAUCUUGAAGAGGCCUGACCGCGUUCUGCUCAUCCUAGACGCCUUUGAGGAGCUGGAAGCACAAGAUGGCUUCCUGCACAGCACUUGCGGACCGGCGCCCGCAGAGCCCUGCUCCCUGCGAGGGCUGCUGGCCGGCCUUUUCCAGAGGAAGCUGCUCCGAGGCUGCACCCUCCUCCUCACCACCCGGCCUCGGGGCCGCCUGACCCAGAGCCUGAGCAAGGCCGAUGCCCUGUUUGAGCUCUCCGGCUUCUCCAUGGAGCAGGCCCAGGCCUAUGUGAUGCGAUACUUUGAGUGCUCAGGGAAGACCGAGCACCAAGACAGAGCCCUGGCGCUCCUCCGGGACCAGCCAUUUCUCCUCAGUCAUGGCCACAGCCCCACUUUGUGCCAGGCAGUGUGCCAGCUCUCAGAGGCCCUGCUGGAGCUGGGGGAGGACGCCGAGCUGCCCUCCACACUCACGGGGCUCUAUGUCGGCCUGCUGGGCCCUGCAGCCCGCGACGGUCCCCCAGGGGCCCUGGCAGAGCUGGCCAAGCUGGCCUGGGAGCUGGGCCGUAGACACCAAAGUACCCUACGGGAGGACCACUUCCCAUCCGCAGACGUGAGGACCUGGGCAGUGGCCAAAGGCUUAGUGCAGCACCCGCCGGGGGCCACAGCGUCCGAGCUGGCCUUCUGCAGCUUCCUCCUGCAGUGCUUCCUGGGGGCCAUGUGGCUGGCUCUUAGCGGCGAAAUCAAGGACAAGGAGCUCCCGCAGUAUCUAGCAUUGACCCCCAGGAAGAAGAGGCCUUAUGACAACUGGCUGGAGGGCGUGCCACGCUUUCUGGCAGGGCUGAUCUUCCAGCCUCCCACUCGCUGCCUGGGAGCCCUGGUUGGGCCAUCGGCGGCUGCUUUGGCAGACAAGAAGCAGAAAGUGCUUGCGAAGUACCUGAAGCGGCUGCAGCCGGGGACACUGCGGGCUCGUCAGCUGCUGGAGCUGCUGCACUGCGCCCACGAGGCCGAGGAGGCUGGGAUCUGGCGGCACGUGGUGCAGGAGCUCCCCGCCCGCCUCUCGUUUCUGGGCACCCGGCUCACACCUCCUGAUGCACAUGUAUUGGGCAAGGCCUUGGAGGCGGCAGGCCAAGACUUCUCCCUGGAUCUCCGCAGCACUGGCAUUGACCCCUCGGGAUUGGGGAGCCUCGUGGGACUCAGCUGUGUCACGCAUUUCAGGGCUGCCUUGAGUGACACAGUGGCGCUGUGGGAGUCCCUGCGGCAGCAUGGGGAGACCAAGCUACUUCAGGCAGCAGAGGAGAAGUUCACCAUUGAGCCUUUCAAAGCCAAGUCCUUGAAGGAUGUGGAAGACCUGGGAAAGCUCGUGCAGACUCAGAGGACGAGAAGUUCCUCAGAAGACACAGCUGGGGAGCUCCCUGCUGUUCGGGACCUAAAGAAACUGGAGUUUGCGCUGGGCCCUGUCUCAGGCCCCCGGGCUUUCCCCAAACUGGUGCGGAUCCUCGUGGCCUUUUCCUCCCUGCAGCAUCUGGACCUGGAUGCACUGAGCGAGAACAAGAUCGGGGACGAGGGUGUCUCGCAGCUCUCAGCCACCUUCCCCCAGCUGAAGUCCCUGGAAACCCUCAACUUAUCCCAGAACAGCAUCACUGACGUGGGUGCCUGCAAACUUGCGGAGGCCCUGCCUUCACUCGCGGCAUCCCUGCUCAGGCUAAGCUUGUACAAUAACUGCAUCUGCGACGUGGGUGCCGAGAGCCUGGCUCGUGUGCUUCCUGACAUGGUGUCCCUCCGGGUGAUGGACGUUCAGUACAACAAGUUCACGGCCGCCGGGGCCCAGCAGCUCGCCGCCAGCCUUCGGAAGUGCCCUCACGUGGAGACUCUGGCGAUGUGGACGCCCACCAUCCCAUUCAGUGUCCAGGAACACCUACAGCAGCAGGACUCACGAAUCAGCCUGAGAUGAUCCCAGCUGUGCUCUGGACGGGCAUGUUCUCUGAGGACACCAACUACACUGGACCUUGAACUGGGUACUUGUGGACACAGCUCUUCUCCAGGCUGUAUCCCAUGAGCCUCAGCAUCCUGGCAUCCGGACCCUGCUGGUUCAGGUUUGGCACCUGCCAGUUGCAGAAUGAACCACGUCUUGCUCUGCUGACAGACACAGGCCCAGCUCCAGGCUCCUUUAGCACCCAGUUGGGUGAAUGCCUGGUGGCAGCUGCGGUCCACCCAGGAGCCCUGAGGCCCUCCCAGCAGGACACUGUGGACAGCCACGGCCAAGCCAGAGGGAGUGACAGAGGCAGCCCCAUUCUGCCUGCGCAGGCAUCUGCCACCCUGGGAAGAAAGUACUUCUUUUUUUUGUUUGAGACUGUCCCGGGCCAGAGUGCAGUGGAGCGAUCUGGGCUCACUGCAACCCCCGCCUCCUGGGUUCAAGCAAUUCUCCUGCCUCAGCCUUCAGAGUAGCUGAGAUUACAGGCACCCACCACCAUGACCGGAUAAUUUUCAGUAUUUUUAGUAGAGACAGGGUUUCGUCAUGUUGGCCAGGCUGGUCUCGAACUCUUGACCUCAGGUGAUCUGCCCACUGCAGCCUCACAAAGUGGUGGGAUUACAGGCAUGAGCCACCACAUCCGGCCGUAGAGAAGCAGCCCUGCUCUCUGAUCCAAACACCGUGACAGGGCACACUGGGUGCUCAGAAGAUACUGAUGGGCAACCCCAGCCUGCUAAUUCCCCAGAUUGCAACAGGCUGGGCUUCUGUGGCAGCUUCUGUGGCUCUACGGAACUCGAUGCACUGACUUUUUUGACCACGGCCAAAGCUAGGCCUGGCCAGAUGCACUGGCCCUUAGCAGGGAAACAGCUAAUGGGACACUAAUAAGGGCGGUGAGAGAACAGACUGGAAGCACAGCUUCAUUUCCUGUGUCUUUUUUCACUACAUUAUAAAUGUCUCUUUAAUGUCA